CAUCGGCAACUUCCAAGUUUCCAACCUUCCCACUUGCCCUUCCCUGGCUUCCCAGCAUCUCCCAAAGCCACACCUUUGCUUUCUCUCUCCCUCUCCAAAAUCCCAAACAAAUCGCCGGUAGAAAUGAACCAGCCGGACCCCGGAAAGAUGACACAUCAGCAGAAGAAAGAGGUCCAGCUCCAAGGCCCCCGCCCUCCUCCUCUGAAAGUCAGCAAAGACUCUCACAAGAUCAGGAAGCCUCCGCCGCAUCCGCCUCCUAAACAGCCGCCAAAGCCCUUCCAAACCCAACAGCCACCGCAACAGCCAGUGAUUAUCUACUCCGUCUCUCCCAAGGUCAUCCACGCCACCGCCUCCAACUUCAUGUACAUCGUCCAGCGCCUCACCGGCCCAUCAUCGUCGACAUCGCCCCCCGGCGCCGGAGACCUCUCCCCGGCGGCGAGGCUUGCCUCCAUCGAGAAGACCAGUCCGUCGGAGAGAGACAGGGACAGGGACAGGGACAGCAGUACUGCCGCAGUGAUGGAUAUAAUGGAAGGAGAUGAGUUUCUAGAUUUGGGUGAGGCUUAUCCGGGGAUAUUAUCGCCGGCGCCGGCGAAUUUGCCUCCGAUUCCUGAUGGGUUCUUCUCGCCGUUCAAUGACCCGCAGAACUUUCCUCUGUUUCAUGAUCUGAGCCCGGUUUGGCAUAAUGGGUUCUCGGCGAGUCCUUCGGGGUUGCCCUCGGCUUCUCUGGUCUCUCCAUCUCCUUCUUCGAUGGACCUGUUACGCAGAUUUUUGGACUUUUAGGCAUAGCCGUGUGCUACUGUGCUUAAGGAAUUUCGGGGAAAAAAAGCCUGCAAUUUUGCACAGGAAAUUGGUAAAGUUUUUGCAUUGACUAACUUCUUUAUUCUUACUAUUAUGUAUUCUUUUAGGGUAGUUAUUAGUAGUUGAAAGUCUGUAAAUGAUAUAUUGCUAGGACCAAAUGGGCCGCCACGCAAUUAGUUCAAAGUAGCUGGGUGGUUUAUGUAAUUUUGGGGAUUGUUGGUUUUGUUUUUUUAUGUUCUCGUCUUGAUAUUUAAUGUGAGGUAGUUGAGGUUGCCUUUAAAAUAAUAACUUUGGGUAGGUCAUGUGGUUGGGAAUUGUUUUUUUGGAACACUUCUUUCUCGUGUGUAGAAAAUUUGGAGGUUUGAAUUGUUGGAGGAUGACAUAAUGAGACUUUUAUUUUGUUUA